GUUAAAUUUCAAAAAAAUUUGAAUAGACCCUUAUUGAAAACGUUCACAUUUAUGGUCUUUAUUAUUGAAAAGAAAAAAAAUGGACAUUCCUUUUAGUUUUUUAAGUCAUAAGAAUUACUUCAAGAAAUUUGAAUAUACAGAAUCGUUCUUUAAAUCUUAUCCAAAAGUUUCUGCGCUACAAAAGGGCUAACUUUUGCUUCUGGAUGAAGAUAACCAACCCCCAAACUCUUACAAUGAAAAUAAGUCGCUAACUAUAGACAACCACUAUAAACCUGGAAGCGCUGGACGGCUGUUUUCACUUACUACAGAACUUCUUAGCAGUGUUUAUUUUUUACUCCUCCAGUGAAUGGAUUUAAGUAAUUUAGACUAAUGGACCAUUGGAUGACAUUUAAUGGUUUACAUUUUUACAUUUAAUCAAUUCUCUAUAUUAUAUUAGUGCUCAUGCACCAAACUGUGAAUAUUAUCUAAAGGGGAUUUGCUGGGUUCUGGUGAGAAUCUAUGAACAGUGUACUUCAGACAAGUGGGUCAUAAGAAUAGUAUCACUAACAUUACCAGACAAUGGUCAAUAAGUUGUUAUCACGUAGUUUGAAGGAGAUAGUUUUUUAUACUGACAAGGUCAAGGAAUCCUAUAACAAGGAGAAACAGGAAUUCAGCGCUUUUUGGUUCCCAGUAGUUGUUUAAUUGAUCACCUCCUUAUAUAAACCACAAACUUAAUAAUCUUCACUAACAAUAUAUAUCAUUGACCAACUAAUUUAUUAAAUGAUGAAAUCCAUGAUUUUCAUACUUGUUUGUAAUACUCAGCUCAUUAUAAACAUACAAAUUAGAUUUUACCAUUACUUAUUAUGAAUCUCAUAAAUUUUAAUAAGUUUAAAGACUAAAGUACAAUAUAACAACCAACCUCGAUUGUUUAUAAUAAUAUACAUUAAUAUCUGGUCAUAUAAAACAGUCUAGCCAUAUAGCAUACAUUGAGUUUAACACAUUCUAUACACUUUUUUUUAUAACAAUGAUUGACUUAUAUAAAAUUAUGAACUUAUUGAUUUUAUUCCAUAAACCUCAGUAUUUUAGAACAAUCGUAUAGAGGCCCAUAUUCAUUUUUUAUGUAUUUUAUUUGUGGUUACAAUAAUACUUGUCUUUUCAGGUCUUCUUUUUGCUAUGUCGUUGUCACAUUGGAUACGUUUGACAAUAUUCUUUCAUUACCCAAUACACCUCGACAGGGUCUUCUUCUUCUUCUUCUUCAUUAAAUUGUAUAAGUUAAGAAACAUGUUUUAAAAUCAAUAUCGAUAAUUAGAUUAUCUGUGUUAUUUUUUUGGAACAUUCAGUGUUAUUCUUUGUUGGUCAAUCCAACUAUUUCAUUGAGGAAUUUUGAUGAUUUUGGUAAACACUCUAUAAUAAUUAAGUAAUAAGUAAUAUAUAACACGAUGUGUUAAUAUUUUUUUCAUGAAAUAAAGAGAACAUUUCAUUAAGUAA